GUUUCCGGUCAAAGGCAGGAGCAGUUGAGUUCUGACUAGAGUCGAUAGAGCGUGAUAGAAGUCAGCAGAGAGUCCGUUUCUCCUUAAACCUCGUUGAAAACUCCUUCCCCUCCGUCCUUCCGCUCUUCAACGCUCCGCCGCUUCUUCCGCCGUCCCUCCGCCUCUCAUUCUCUCUCUUUCUCCUCCGCGUCUAAACCCCUUUCCAGGGUUUAGGGUUUUGCCCAAAGCCCAAUAAGGUUUGGUCCUUCAGAGGUUUCCAUUGGCCUUUCCAUAUUUCAUAUUAUGCGAAACUGAAUUCACUGUGAUCAAAGCAAUGCUUGAGAAAGCCAAGGACCCUAAGAAGGGCUUUAUCACCGAAGAAGAUACCGCCACUCUCUUACAAAGGUAUGCGCCGACGACUGUGCUGGCCCUGGUGCGGGAAGUGGCGAACUAUCCUGAUGAGAAGAUCGAUUGGAAUCGGUUGGUGGCCAAGACUUCAACUGGAAUUUCUAAUGCCAGAGAAUAUCAGAUGCUUUGGCGCCAUUUAGCGUAUCGUGAAGCUCUGCUUGACAAAUUAGACAGUGGGGCUCAACCUUUGCAGGAUGAUGAUAGUGAUUUAGAAUACGAAGUGGAAUCUUUUCCUGCUGUUAGUGCUGAAGCUUCAACAGAAGCUGCUGCAUGUGCGAAGGUUCUAAUUUUAUUUGGUUUAUCAAGUGACGCAAGUCAUCAAAAUGGUUUAACAGUUGAGGGUCCGUUAUCAAUGAAUUUACCCAAUGGCCAGGCAUCUAGAUCUCAUCAAAAUUCACAAGCAACAUGUUCAAUGCGAGGGAAGAACAUUACAGUUCCAGUUUCGGUUCUGAAAAAUCCCCUCCCUGUAGUGACAGCAUCUACAGUGGAAACUGCUGAAGGAGAUGAUGCAUUAGGAAAUGUCAUGGCUCCUCGAAAGAGAAGAAAGAAGUGGUCUGAGGCUGAAGAUUUGGAGCUGAUUGCUGCUGUGAAAAAACAUGGGGAAGGAAAUUGGGCAAAUAUCUUACGAGGAGAUUUCAAAGGGGACAGAACACCUAAUCAGCUAAAGCAGAGGUGGAAAAAAAUUAGGACGAACAAUCCAGACUUGAAUGUUGGAGGCGGCUCAAGUAGUAAACUUUCAGAAGCACAGGUAGCAGCUCUUCAUUCAUUGUCCAUAGCCCUGAAUAUGCCUAACAUCACAGCUAAUACAAUUGGCACCGCUGGGACAAGUACGCACAGCAAGCUUGCUGGAACAAAUGCAACUAGCAACUCUGUGCAUUGUACUACUGCUGAAGCAAAACCGCAGUCCCAGCAAGGCCUUAACCCAGUGAAAACAUAUCAAACAGGAUUGUCGGGCUCCACAACAAAAGCUCCAGUGAUCGCCAAAAAAACUAUACCGAAGCUUACUAAUGGUAUGGUAAGAGCCGCUGCGGUUGCUGCUGGGGCUCGCAUUGCUUUUCCUUCAGAUGCUGCAUCACUUCUCAAGGCUGCUCAGGCGAAGAAUGCUGUCCAAAUCAUGCCUACAAGUGGUUCUUCUACCCAAUCUGUUAAACCUGGCAGCAUGUCUACCCACUCAGAACUUCCUCCUAAUGUACAUAUAAUGCGUAGCAGCUCGGCUGCUAUACCACCUUCCAUCCCUUCAUCCACUGCUGCCACACCUGGCACUACACGCCCUCGGUCUUCAAAAGUUCUUCCUCAGGCAAGUCAGCACACUCCAACUAGUGACGCAAUGUUAUCCAGACAGACCAAUGUUGUUAGCUGUAACCUGGAUGCUGAGCCGGGCUCUGCUCCGACAGAUCAGGUCCAAGAUGGAGCAGUGAUCUCUAGGGAUGGACCGAAUGACCGAGUUCAAAAGGAUAAAUCACCUGACCAGAAAGCUCAGUCAAAAAAUUUGUCAACGAAUGCUGAAAAUCCCGUUGAUUCACCGAAGAUCGAAAGUGAUGAAACUGAUUGUAAAGCUGUCGCAGGUGUAAAAGCUGAAGAGAGAAAAAGUGCAAAAGAUAAUGAGAUUCCGUGUUCGUCUGCUAAUGUAGGAGGCAGUGAUCCAUCUGCAGUUGACAGUUGUGAAACCGAAGCGCAAGUGAGAAGCACACAGAUCUUCUCACCAUUGCAACAGAUGGAUGCAAGGGAAAGCAGGUCUUAAGCAAAGAGGAGGGUGACAUUUAAGAUCUAGGGGAAGAAGAGGAUUGGAGUAUCUUGUAAAGAUUGUGAUGUAAAUUUAGUUAGACUUAAUGAAUGUUUUGGAUCUUAACGAUGGAUGGAUGGAUGGAUGGUUCUUGUCAAUGAUGUAAAUUCGUUCAGUUUUGGAUGGUGAUGGUGUUCCUGCAUUGCAUUACAGUAUUCAAGUUGAGCACCCUGUUGAAUUU